CCCCCUGAAACCUGAUUCCCACACACAACCCAAACAUAACCAUCUAUCAAACCCUCAUUUUCUCUCCUGAUUCCACGAUCACCUCUCUUUCUCUCUCUCCAAUUCAUGUACCUGCUUCAAUUAGGGUUUUUGUGCUAAUCUCAUCAACCGGUAAUCGGGCUUUCCCCAAACUUACCUCAACAGCCUUUUCAGUAUCAUUUUUAGGGUUUAUAUGUCGGUACUAUUGUGUUGUACUUUCAUAUUUCUUCUUCAUCACUAAUCAAAUUAUCAGGAUUUUGUAUGGCAGUAUUGUAUAUGUUGUACAUUGGUGAAAGUAAAGUUGCUUAAGUUUGUCAGGCCAACUUAAACGCAGCUCGAGAUUAAGUUUCCUUUAUUGCCAACGAUAAUUUGCCGAAAAAAUUCAUACCGAAAUAAACCCCUGCUUUAAAUCUACUCCAUUUCAAGUUUCUGUUUUUAUACUGUUCGCUUCUGUUCGGGGGUAGGAAGUAGUUAUAGUUGCUUCAGAUUCUAGUGACCGAGCAGCCUUGUAUGGGCGAACAUGAGAAGUGGGCGCAGCCAAAUGGUCUUUUGCCCGACGCGGGUCCGUUGAUCCGAGUCGACGGUUCGGAGAGAUGGUUAAAAGCUGAGGAGAGAACUGCGGACCUAAUUGCCCGCAUUCAGCCCAACCUACCAUCAGAACAACGGCGAAUCGCUGUGGCUGGUUACGUGCAGCGACUCGUUGAGAAGUGUUUUCCAUGUCAGGUGUUCCCUUUUGGGUCUGUACCCCUCAAGACCUAUUUACCUGACGGAGACAUUGAUUUAACAGCCUUCAGCAAUAACCCAAACUUGAAGGACACAUGGGCUAAUCAGGUCUGCGAUAUGUUGGAAACUGAGGAAAAGAGGGAGAAUGCCGAAUUUCAUGUGAAGGAGGUUCAGUACAUUCAAGCAGAGGUGAAGAUUAUAAAGUGUCUUGUGGAAAACAUUGUUGUAGACAUAUCUUUUAACCAGCUUGGUGGGCUAUGCACACUUUGUUUCCUGGAGAAGGUUGAUCGUUUGAUAAAUCAGAAUCAUUUAUUCAAGCGCAGCGUCAUAUUAAUUAAGGCUUGGUGUUUCUAUGAGAGCCGUAUACUGGGUGCUCACCAUGGACUUAUCUCAACUUAUGCCCUGGAAACAUUGGUUCUUUACAUAUUUCACGUUUUCAAUAAUUCCUUUACUGGACCACUUGAGGUCCUUUACCGUUUUCUGGAGUUCUUUAGUAACUUUGACUGGGAAAACUUUUGUGUUAGCCUGUGGGGUCCAGUACGCAUUCGUUCACUGCCCGAUGUAACUCCGGUACCUCCCCGAAAGGACAGUGGGGAGUUGCUACCUGGCAAAUUGUUUCUUGAGGCUUGUAGCUCUGCGUAUGCUAUUUUACCUGGUGGUCAAGAAAAUCAGGCACAACCUUUCGUUUCCAAGCAUUUCAAUGUUAUUGAUCCUUUACGCGUAAACAAUAAUCUUGGCCGCAGUGUCAGUAGAGGUAAUUUUUUUAGAAUAAGGAGUGCCUUUUCAUUUGGAGCUAAAAGACUGGCAAGAUUACUUGACUGCCCCAAAGGCAACCUUGUUUAUGAAGUGAAUCAGUUCUUUACGAAUACAUGGGAUAGACAUGGAAGCGGAAAUCGCCCUGAUGCACCAAGUCUUGAUUUGUUGCCCUUGAGAUUGUCAACUUCUGAUGACCUGCGUGAGAAUCCAAAGAACAAUUCAAAUGUCGAAAGAAUAAGUGAGAAUGCUUCCGGUUAUGAGACCAAAGUUGCCCAUACUCAUUCACGUAAUUCUUCGCAGAGCAUAUCUACAUCUGAAGCUACUCUCACUCCAACCCAAAAGAGGUACAACCACCUGAACAACUUCAGGGUUUCGCAUAAGGUUGUACAAGAAGUUAGUCCUAAUUCAGGUAUGUACAUCGAUAAAUGCCAGAUGAGUGCUAGACCAGAUCGUUUGGAGAGUGACACACUGGGGAGGUUCCUUUUUGCAAGGACACACUCUAGUCCUGAGCUUUCUGAGGCAUAUAGUGAUGCCUCUUCUCGAAGAAGGCCUAAUAAAAUAGCGGAAGGCGGAAAAUUUGAGGCUACCUCUGGAAGACAGGAUAAUAACAGAAGGAAGAAACCUGAAUCUGAAAUUUUAGUCAAUCAUAGUGCUCAUUCUAUGAAUGAUGAACCUUCGAGCAGUUCAACAAGUUACCACGGUGAUUCAGGCUUGGGUGCUAUGGGUGAGGAAUUUUCUUCUGUGAGUGAGACACAAGGGAUGCAACAGGAAGAGCAGGAUCUUGUGAACAUGAUGGCAUCUUUUACUGCUCACAGUCUUAAUGGACAAGUUCAUCUACUGCCGAAUUUUGCUUCAUCUCACCUUCGUCUUCCAAUCUCACCUGCCAUUCUAGCUUCAAUGGGUUAUGCUCAGAGAAAUUUGACCGGAAUGCAUCCCCCAAAUAUUCCCUUGGUUGAUCCUUCUUUUCUCAAUAUGCAGUUCCCUCGAGGUUUGGUUUCUCCACCACAAACCCCUUACUUCCCUGGCAUUAGAUUGAACUCGAAUUCUGGAGAUAUAAUUACACCUGGCAAUGAACAAUUGGGUACUGAAUCUAACCUUGAAGAGGCUGAUCCUGAUUUCUGGGAGGACCAGAAUGUUGGCUCCGCUGGAGACUUUGAGCUUGAUGGUGGAAAUUAUGAAAUGCUUCAAUCAGAAGAUAAGCCGCAUUCAGAUUCAAUGGGCUUUGACUUUGUUCCCUCAUCUCAAAGGCUGAGUGGUUCUAGCAGAAAUGAUAACAGAAGCGAUAGUUCAUCCUAUAAAGAUUACAGAAAUGAUGUUUAUAUAGAUGACAGAAUUACAAGUUCAAGGUUCUCAUCCUCAGCUCACAGUAGUCCUCUCAGAAGUAAAACAUCUUCAGAGAGUUCGUGGGAUGGAUCAUCAGCAAAUGUCUCAAAGUCAACAAGGGCAAAACGGGGGAAGAAAACAGCCUCUCUUUCAGAUCCAUCUAUAUCAUACAGGAAAGGUAAAAAUGCGUCAGAACAUGAUCCUCAGCCUGAGGAGGAUGAAAGGGACUUAUAUCCACUGUUAACUAUGGGCAGCGAAAUGGCAGAAAGAAGCUCUCGUGUGCAUGGCCACAAACUAGCUCAGACAAGUGGAGCAGACUCUAUGAUACCCAUUGCUCCAGUGCUUUUAGGUCAUGGUUCACGGCAGAGAAUAAUGGAUAAUUCUGGGGCUGUUCCCUUUACAUUUUAUCCUACAGGGCCACCCGUUCCAUUCCUUACCAUGCUUCCUAUAUAUAAUGCUCCAUCUGAGACUGCAACUUCUAAUGCAUCAUCAACAAGCCAUUUUAGUGGGGAAGAUGACCUGGAUAGAAGUAAUUCUGGUCAAAAUUUUGAUACAUCUGAGGAACUGAAUACUACCAAUUCUUUGAGGGGGGUUGCUUCGGUUGAGACUCUCAAUAAGCAGAAGUCCGACAUUCUUAAUGGUGAUUUUGCUAGCCAUUUGCAAAAUUUGCAAUAUGGGCGGUUUUAUCAAGACCCACCGUACAAUGGAGGGCCUUCGGUAUAUCCUUCACCUUUUGCUUUGCCACCUGUGUACAUGCAAGGGCACUACCCCUGGAAUGGUCCUGGAAGACCUCUGUCAGCCAACAUGAACUUCUCUCAGCUUAUGAGUUAUGGCCCACGGCUUGUUCCUGCGACUCAACCCCAGUCAUCAGUGUCUAAUAGACCUCCCAAUGUCUAUCAGCACUAUGUUGAUGAGGUGCCGAGACAUCGGAGUGGGACGGGAACCUAUCUGCCGAGUCCUAAAGUUCCAAUUAGGGACCGGCAUUCAUCAGGUACUAGAAAGGGAAACUACAACGCUGAUAGAAGUGACAACCAUGGUUAUAGGGAGGGGAACUGGAACAUCAACUCCAAAUCACGAGCUUCUGGGCGCAGCAGCCACAGUCGCAGCCAAACAGAGAAGUCAAACUCAAGGAUAGAUCGGUUGACUGCCAGCUCAGACAGACAUGACUCAGUUCCUUCCUACCAGUCCCAAAAUGACCCAUUGCACUCUAAUUGCGACCAGAGUGGUUCUCCCACUGUGGCAUAUGGCAUGUAUCCUUUACAAGCCAUGAACGCCAAUGGAGUUUCACCAAAUGGACCAAAUGUUUCAUCUAUGGUUAUGCUAUAUCCAUGGGAACAUAAUGUCAGUUAUGUUUCCCAUGGUGAACAGCUUGGGUUUGGAUCUCUUGGGCCAGUGGGUUUAUCGAGACUGAAUGAACAAUCACAGCCGAGUGAGGGAAGUCGAUCCAGGGGACUGUUUGAGGAACAAAGGUUUCAUGGGGGCUCCACUCAAUGGUCUUCACCAGAUCAGCCAUCUUCUCCCCACUUUCAACGAUCGGUGGCCCAAAGGAAUUAUCAGUUGAAAGAUGAAGAUUUUCCGCCUCUUGCAUUUCCGAACCAGGGAGAACAUGAUACUUGGGAGAGAUUAUGAAAUGGGGAAACCUCUUGUUACCAGCGCUUUUGUUUUCUCUUCACUCAUAAAAGGAAACACUCGGGAGUUCUGGUUUGUUGCUUAGAUUUUUGAUAGUGAAAUGUUCACCAUUAUGCUGUAUUAGUGCUUGUAUGUAUACUAUACUGCCAUCAUCUACUCCACAGCCUUUUCCAAGGAUACGGAAGCGUGGCGGGAAAAGGGAAGCGGGAUCGGUUUAGAUUUACCUUUUAAAACUUAGAAUUUGAUAGUGAAAUCCUCUUCGGGGGUUUGGAAUUUAGUUAGGUUACCACAUUAUAAAGCUAUUAAUUUCAGGACUUACCUUCACACAGUUGUCGUAGAGUUCAAUACUCAAAAACUUACAGUGUAUGGUUAGCUCUUAGCAUUCAGGAUGUUAAAUGUAGCAAUAUCCUUUGUAAAGAUGAAAUAUAUGACAAAGCGUUUCAUUCUGAAACAAAGUUUGAUGCUUCUCUAUUGCUAUUUCCUAGGAUUAACACGCAUUUAUAAUGAAGAUUAAUUGUCAUUGUGCA